UAGGAUAGUUUGCUAAUUUUCCAUUUCUUUCCUAUUUUAUUUUUGAAAGAACAAAACAGCGUUAGGGCGAGGGCGAAGGAUACGGUGUGCGCGUAGUUUGGAACCGAGCAGAUGAACGAGUUGAAAACCCACCGCCUCCACUCUCCGAUGAAAUAAAAAAGCGCGCCAUGCUUCAACUCUCCUCUUCUCAUGGCGUCUUUUUCUCUCCGAGCGCACAACAACGCCUCCACUUCUCGCCUCAUUGACCUAAUCAAGCUUCAUAGGCUCAGCCACGCUUUUAUGUACCCAGCAGCGGAUUUUCACUCAGUGGGUCGUCAAGAUGCAGCCAGGGACGACGGGUUGUCCGGUGAAAUUCAUGCGGUUAAGGUGGCCUGGAUGCUCACGAAUGUGAAAAAAAAAGGUGCAGCAAACGGGGACAUGCCCAAAUGGAAUAAAAUUAAUGGGCGGGCUUUUGGACUCACUCGUUCGAUGAUCCCAUCUUCAUCAUGGAAGGUCUUGGAGGUACUUCAUCGUGAAGGGUUCGAAGCCUAUUUGGUGGGUGGAUGUGUUAGAGAUUUACUUCUACGGAGAGUACCAAAAGACUUUGAUGUGAUUACCACAGCUGGACUUACGCAGAUUCAUAAUCUAUUUUGUCGUUCACGUAUUGUGGGACGUCGUUUUCCUAUUUGUAUGGUCCACAUUCGAGGCUCUAUUACUGAGGUUUCAAGUUUUGAUACAGCUGCAAAACAUUCUGAGGAAAACAAAAUUACAGCACAUUCUCAAAUUCCAAAAAAAUGUGAUAAAAAGGACUUGAUUCGGUGGAGGAACUCUAUGGAGCGGGAUUUCACAAUUAACAGUUUAUUCUUUGAUCCCUUUUCGAACGUAAUCUAUGACUAUGCUGAAGGGAUGGCAGACUUAAGGUCGUUGAAGCUGCGGACACUAAUUCCUGCAUCACUGUCAUUCAAGCUGGACUGUGCUAGAAUUCUGCGUGGCUUAAGAAUUGCUGCUCGUUUGGGUUUGUCAAUCUCCAAGGAAACUGAGACUGCAAUCCAUAAAUUUUCUCCUUCCAUCACAAGCUUGGAUAAGUCCAGGUUAAUGAUGGAAUUGAAUUAUAUGCUAUCUUAUGGAGCAGCCGUUCCUUCCCUCUAUUUGCUUCAGAGGUUCAAACUGCUUGGAAGUCUGCUACCAUUUCAUGCUGCGUAUCUUGAUAAACAGGGCAUUGAGAAAUCUUCACUGAGUUCUGUAAUGUUGAUGAAACUGUUCUUCAAUUUGGAUAAAUUGGUUUCCUGUGCUCACCCUUCGAACUGCAAUAUAUGGGUUGCAUUGUUGGCAUUUCACCUGGCAUUAGUUAACAACCCUCAGAAUUCUCUUGUAGUUCUGGCUUUUGCUGCCACCUUGUACCAUGGGGAGUGGAAUGAAGGUGUGAAUUAUGCAAGAGAAAAGUCUCUUGUAGAGAUCAACUUAAGGCCAGAGAUUACAAGAUCGGCUAAAUUUAAAUCUGAGGAGAAGCUUGCUGAAGGGGUUACUCGUUUUGCUUUGAAAGUACAAGGUUGCAUAGCUGCUCUGACUUCAAAAGAUUGUUUAUUAGAAGCCAUGUCAACAUUUCCAGCCUCUUCAAACUCUGGUUUGGUAUUUGUGUCGAACAAAACUGCCAGAGAUGUUGCCAUCAUUUUUGAAGUGCUGGCGAAGCAUGUUAAAUCCUACAAAGACGAGAAAAAGGAUUUCAAAAUUGACUAUAAACGGCUUGGGAAGGGUCUUUUUUUGAGGGAGAAUAGAUAUGUAUUGGGAAAAAUUAUUUUGGAAACCCUGGAAGAUGCAAUUCUGCAGGGUAAUGAAAAUAUUCCUGACAGGAACCAAAAUCUUCGUAUUGAUGCUCCUACUAAGGAAACUUCUGAUUCACCAGUCGCUGAUCUGGUGCAGGAACAAUUGGUUAAAGGAAAUAAGAAAGUUCGGAAACGGCCAUCUGUUUCUGAAGUUGAGUUGAAAGCAAAUAAGAAAUAUAAGCUUGUAAGGAAGGAAGGAAGUAUUUCUGACAAGGUGGUAGAGAACGGAAGGUGCAUUAACAUGACAGAGAUGUACAAAAAGGGAGUAGAAGGAUCUCAAUUACCCCUUGCUCCGAUGGAGGAGUCAAUGGAGCCAAUAUUGGAGUCAAGAAAAUGUCAUCACCUUGAAGUGAGGGCUACUGAGAAUAUGCGGGAAAAUCCUGAAUCAAUGGGGAAUGAGGUCAAGAAGAUUAUCCCCAAGAAAGCGUUUCAGAAGGUGACCAAGGAGCUGCUGCACCCUGUAGAGAUCAACCCAAGGAAGAUGGACAAAGUAGCAGGGCAGGAAGUAAAGUCUGAGAAGAAAGAGCAUCAUCGGGUGUCGCAGGGAAAGAAGAAUAUUAAAAAAAAACGUAGAGACAUUACAGAUACUGUAGAGAUCAACCCAAGGAAGAUGGACAAAGUAGCAGAGCAAGGAAAACUCAAGAAGAAUGAGCAUCAUCAGGUGCCACAGGGAAAUGAGAAUAUUAAAAAUGAACAUGGAGAUAUAACAAAUAUCAAGCAGUGCAAAGGUCCACUGUCCAGCCUUUUUAAGUAAACAGCUUUGGUGUGUAAUACAGAAACUGAUCUUGGAAUCUCUUCAAACUGGUCGUUAAAAGUGCGCUUUGAUUCACCUGUCUGAAGGUGUAUGACUCCAUCACCAUACAUGUUUGAUGUUUCUACCCGAGGGUUUGAUCACAACAGUGCUAUGCCUCAACCCAAUAUCACCCUGUUUGUUUCUGUUCAAUAGAUGGAGGGAGGAGUUUCGAUUGAAACAUCCAGUGAUCUAGAAAUCCAACUGGAGUUGUUCCCAAACUAAAUGCUGAACAUCCACAUGACCAAGAAAAAAAGAGCCUACGGAAUUAAAAUCAGCACAUACAGAAAAUGGUAUUUCUGAUUCAUUCCUGUGUCUUUGUUAUCAUCAGGAGUUGCAAAUUCAUGUUAGUAAAGAAAGUUUCCCUGGUUCUCGAAGACAAGUGGGUUAACUAAUUCAUCUAGAUUAGUUGAUUCAAUUCAGUCAGUUACGGUUAUCACUGAAUUUUUUUUGUUUUUUUUUUUUUUGCUUGUUUUUACUUUCUAAUUUUGGACUUAUGGUUAUAGUCGUCCCCUACUGUGUUUUAGUUGACAUUAGCUAGAUUAACAAAUUGAUUAACCUUGACCUUUUCCCUGCAUUCUAUUAUUAUUUUUAUUACUUUUCUUCAUUUGCCACCAA